GCAAAACAUCAGGGAAGUGAACUGUGAAACUUGGUGGAAGUAUUUCGAAUGAGUUGUGUUGUGGUAAACGCCUCGAGAAAGACGCUAGUCCUACUUUCGUGACUUCUAUGGCUGAAUGAUUAAGGGUGGCGUCCGUGCUGAAUUGAAAACAGUGUUGAUUUUUUUGUUUUUUAAGGAGUGUCAGAAAACGCGAUCGACGUGGAGGGUUAAAAAUUACGACAUCCUACUGAGCUUCCUGAACUGAAGUCAAGUGGUUGGUUGGUAGAACCUGCGACCGCAGAGGACGCCAAAGGGGAAGAGACAUCUCGCGGAGGUCGGAAAAAAGGUUAACCAGAGCAUAAAACAGUCAACGUCCGGUCAAGCUUAAGAGGACUUUAGAAUGUCUCUGCUUGGCCAGAGCCAGCAGUUUUUCCCCACGAGUGUCCAGGUAACGGUGCAUCAGGCUCGGAACCUCCGCGUAAAGGGAAAGAAUGGCAGCAACGACUCCUAUGCCAUCAUCCAGCUGGCCAAAGACAAAUUUUCCACCUCGGUGGCGGAAAAAAGCGUCGCUCCGGUGUGGAAGGAGGAGGCCUCGUUUGACCUGCCACUUUUCCACCCGGGAAACGCCGAGCGCUGUACUCUGUACAUCAUCGUCAUGCACCGAGCCCAGGUGGGACUCGACAAGUUUCUGGGCCAGGCCAUGAUCAACCUGCUGGAACUCCAUGACGACAAGUCGCGCAAAAAGACACAGUGGUUCAAAUUGGUGGACAAAAAUGGAAAAGAGGACAAGGUGCGAGGCGAGGUGCUGCUUGAUAUCCAGUUUAUGAGAAACAACAUGUCAGCCAGCAUGUUUGACCUUUCAAUGCAAGACAAACCCCGCUCUCGCAUCUCCAAGCUGAAGGACAAAGUCCGUGGGAAGAAAAAAGAUGGCUUCUCUGACUCUGCCUCAGCUAUUGUUCCUCCUGUCAGUCAGGUCCUUACAGACAGCGAGGAGGACGCCGACGCACAGUCUCUUAAUCAUUCUCCCGGCGCCAAGAAGAAGUCCAAGCUCAAAACCUUGUUUGCCCCCAAGUCAAAUUUACAGCGCAACCUCUCACAAUCCAUGUCUACUCUUGGGACGCUCCCAGAAAAAAAUUCCUCUCUCAGUGGCAGCCGCUCCUCUGGCCUUAAUGUAGAUUCUCCUGAAGGUAAAAAGAAAUUCAAAUUACUGGGACACAAACGAACAGGAAGCUCCGACAGUAAAAUGUCUCUCGGUCCUUUUUCCAUCCUGGGCCGCUCCAAGCAGAAUGUUAACGACCAAAACAACUUGUGCAUAAAUGGCAACCACGUGUACGCCGAGGAGCCAGAGACCAAGAGUGGGUCUACACUUAGUCUGAACAGCUCUGGCAAAGGCUCUGUGGAGGACAUCCGCAAAUACACAUCUGACAUCCCUGCAGAAUCCUCCAAAACCAUAAACGUCCCUUCAUUCAAGCCUGAACCAAUCAAUAAAGUUUCAUUAGAGCAACAACGCCACCAAGAGGAGGAAGAAAGAAGGCAGGCAGAGGAAAAGCGUCUUGCUGAGGUGAAAAGACUGGAGCAAGAGGAGAAAUACAGGGCGGAGGCCAAGAGACUCCAGGAGGAAGAGCAGCGCAAGCAGCAAGAAGAGCAGGACAGGAGAAGGCGCGUCAUUGAAGAUGAAGCAAGGAAGAAGAAGCAGAAGGAGGAGGAGGACAGGAGAAGAGAAGACGAACGAAACGCGCUGGAAGCUGCUGAAAACCAACGGCUCGAAGACGAGCGCCGAAGAGCAGAGGAGCGCAAGCGCCAGGAGGAGGCCUCCAUGAGCGACAGGCUGUCGUCUUUAUUCGGGAUGAUCCGGAAGAAAGAGGAGAAAAAGGAGGACGUGCCACAGCAAGCUCCUGAGGAGCAGAAACACACCCUGGCACCUCACACUAACCUAGCAGCUCCCGUUCAUCCCGUCUCCCAUCACUCCACUAAUCCGUUUGAAGAAACCUCCUCCAGUUCAGGUCCUUCAGCUGUCAGCACUGAAAAUUCAGGCAAUAACCACAAGUUCAAUAGCAACCCACAAGCCCCCUCUGCUACAAUCUUUCUCGGCCGGAAUGCUAAAGUAUCAGCCGUCAAACCCAGACUUUCUCAAAGUUUGGAGUCUGAAACCUCUGACUGUCAAACUCCGGGUCAGCUUGACCCCAUCUCAGUCAGCUCUGAAUCUACUUUCAAUAGAGUCCCAGCGGAGUCCUCUGAAGCUUUCUCCAAUCUACACUUACUAUUGGCUCCACCAAAGAGGAGCCCAAGCUGGACUGGAUCUCCCUGGGGGAGCACGGAGGAUUUGUCAUCUGUUGAAUUGGGAAGAUCAUCGUCUGCUAUGGCAGACCAAAAGAGAAAAGCCCUGCUACCACCGUCAUACUCUGGACGUAGGACUCCGACUGAGGAUAGUCGGACUCCUGUCAGAGAUGUUAAAAGUCCAGCGUUUGUAGAAGAAGAUGAACCUCCACGAGGAAAUAAGUUGUCUUUACCACUUCCUGAUUAUGAAAGCCUCUUUCCUCAGAGAAGACAUGGUGUUCAAGGGCAAACUCGAUGGGAUCAUAUAAUCGCUGAGGUCAACCAGAAACAUAGGGAUAGUGGACCGGAACUUAUGGGUCCUGAAAUGAGUGUUGAUGGGCCAGAAGAAGGUGCUCCAAGUCUUAAAUAUCGCACGCCACAGGAGAAUCCUGCUGAGAAGAUGUCCAAGACGAAACCUGUGUCGGUAAAAAAAGUGCACGCUCCUGGUCCACCAAAACAAGCCACCUCUAGUUUAGACUUCAAUCAGUACCACAGACAGAAUGUUGCCCCCCAGUCUGUAUCGAGACCUAAUCCAUCUGCAGUUCCACCAUUAAGGAAAACAGACUCCCCCAGCAACAGGAUGUUCAGAGAGGGAGUUGGCAAAGAGGCAAAAGCAUCAACUGAAGCUGCAGCUUCACACCGACCACCACAGACUCAGAAGAGCUUUGAUCCAGCACCAGCAGACGGCCGAAGGACUGUGCAAGUUCCUUUGGAUAAAGACCCACCCACCGCUAAACCCAGACAAAGACUUGGUACCAAAGAGCCUACACAGCAGGAACAAACUGCUGUGAGCAGCAACAUCCAAGCGCUCGUCACGGAAAACAAGACGACGAAAAACAUUGCAGAGUUGGAUCAACUUCCUUAUACACAACAUAAAUCCAUAGAUGGACCAGGACCCCUAAAGAUGAACCCAGAAGAUGAAGGGCUGUUCACUGGGAGGCAGGAAAAACUGGAGCAGAAAUCUGAGGAUGUAAUGAUGAGAAAAGAUUAUUUAAAAGAUUUUAGCAUUGAAAAUCCUGCUGAUCGCAUUGACGUAAAUGAUCACAAUUUUGAAAGUGACAGUAGGAACAUUGAAGAACAAAUACCAGAAAGUCUCUCUUUUCAGCGAAAAAACUCACAAAGAACAAAGAAGAAUCUUCCAGUGAAAAGUCCCACAGACGACAAACCUUUCAUGUCUCAGCAAGAAUCAGCAUCUAAUGAGAUGACAAACUUGCCUUCAGCUAGAAAAGACUUCCCCGCAGGAGAUGUUAUUGAUGGUUCUGCAAUACCCAAGUCUCAGUAUGAUGCCAGAACACAAAGCAGUUAUUAUGCAGAGAAGGAUCAAUACGAAAGCGAAGUUUUCCGUGGACAGUCAGCUUUGGCUUAUUCCGAGCCCCUCCCAGUCGUCCCAGAAGAGCCAGAAUCUCAAACAGGAAAUUUAUGGGGGGGAAAGACACCCCUAAGAGCGUGGGUGUCCCCCUCUGAAGCUCAGCCUGUCAGUACUCAGUAUAGCAAUGGAAGCGGGCUAGCGUUAACCCCUCGCAGACCACAUCCUGUGAAGCCUAUGAGCUCAGCCGAGAUCCAGCAACCCACCAUCACUCCUGCUGUGAAGGAAAUAAAGGUGCAGAGCAGUGUACCUGCAAUAAUGAAGGUGGCUGAUUCUGUGUCAAGUGGUCCUUACAGUCAGCUGACACAAGAGGAGCUGAUCACACUGGUGGUGAAGCAGCAGGCUGACCUCUCCAGGAAGGAUGCAAAGAUCAGUGAGCUGGAGCAGUAUAUAGACAAUCUGCUUGUUCGUGUGAUGGAGGAGAAACCCGCUAUCCUGUACACCCUCAACUCUGCCAAGCAAGCAUAAGCAAGUGCUUGUUCGAAAGAGAGAGCCUCUCUUUAAGGCUUGGUAAGAAUUUUUUUUUUUUUUUAGUGACGUCGGUGCGUUGAGCACUUUAAGUUUCAAAGUCAAAAAGCUUUGAAAGGGCUGCGAAAUAUUCCGAAUCAAAAGUUUAAGAUAAAAGAAUGGGGAAACUUUAUAAGCAUUUUGACACUAAGGUACUGGAAUUAGCUUUGGGUACUUGUUUUAUCGAAAUCUAUUCAGAACUUUGAUAUUUCACAUAUCUCGUACUUGAUUCAGUUUGGGUUGAAUGUCUUUAUUUAAUAUACCUAAGUUAAAUAAUUCAUUUAUUUGUUUUGCUGCUACAUACUGCUGCCUAAUACAUCAUUCCUAUAUUUAAUAUCAAGCAAACAUUUCACAAUAGUGUGUCGUUUCUUUUACUUCACUAUUUUCUUCUCCCUUAAAUGACUUUGUGUUUUUCCUGGACAGUCUAAGGCAUUUGUCGCUCUAUGAUCACAAAGGAAUUCCACUUGUGCGUCCAGGCUUUUAUCAGAAUUCAUCUGUAAAAACGCGUUCUGUAGAAAACCACCAGUCAGUAAAGAGAACCACCAUCACGUUGCAGAAGCUUCAGCUUUCAUUUAAUUAUACUUCCCAUCAGUUUAGAUUAUAGCGAUGAGGCAUUUCUGCAUGUUUUUAAGAUUCGUUCAAGAUUUUAAUCACUUCAAUGUAAUGCAUUUGCAUCAUUUUGUAUGUACAUAUUGAGAUAAAUGAUAUUUAGUCACAAUUGUUUUAUGCAUUUAUAUCUGAAUUACACUAAUGCCUUACUAGAAUUUAUUGUCUUUGCUACAAUCACAGCAAUAUUCCUCUGCAAAAUGUACACAACUGUGCCUUUAAGCAGCCUUGUUUUUUGGUGUUUGAAACCUUUGAUUUAAAAUGUGUAGCCUCAUCUUUUACAGGAAUGAAAGCUGAAAUAAUGUCCAGCUUGAUCACAUUCUACGGAUGAUGCAUAAUAAUGAAAUGUAUGAUAAUUGGUUUGUUUUUAUUUUAAAUAAAUACACUAAAUGUGG